AUGAUGCUUGGAAAUGGGAAGGGAAAAUUUGCAAUUCAAACAAGUUAUGAAAUUGGUUUUGAUUCACCUCCGUUAGUUAUGGCUUCUGGUGAUUUUAAUAAUGACACACUAUCGGAGAUCGUGAUCGUUAACGGUGGAAGUAAUCAUGUGGAUAUCUUUGUUGCGUACAAUCAUGGUUCUUUUGAAAACCAAACUAAGUAUUCAGUUGGCUCUUCUCCACAAUCUGUAGUUGUUGGUGAUUUCAACAACGAUACUCUACUAGAUAUCGUUGUCGCCAAUUAUUAUAGCAAUGGUGUGAGUGUACUUCUUGGAAAUGGAAAUGGUUCUUUUAAAAAUGAAAUAAGGUAUUCAGCUGGCUCUCAUCCACAAUCUGUAGCUGUUGGUGAUUUCAAUAACGACACUCGACUCGAUAUCGUUGUCGCCAAUAUGUUUGGCAAAAAUGUGAGUGUCCUUCUUGGAAAUGGAAAUGGUUCUUUUGAAAAUGAAACAAGGUAUUCAGUUGGCACUUUUCCACAAUCUGUAGUUGUUGGUGAUUUCAAUAACGACACUCGACUAGAUAUCGUUGUCGCCAAUAUGCUUAGCCAUGAUGUGAGUGUCCUUCUUGGAAAUGGAAAUGGUUCUUUCAAAAAUCAAGUAAGAUAUCCAGUUGGCUCUUGGCCACGAUCUGUAGUUGUUGGUAAUUUCAAUAACGACACUCGACUAGAUAUCGUUGUCGCCAAUUCGGAUAGCAAUGAUGUGAGUGUCCUUCUUGGAAAUGGAAAUGGUUCUUUUGAAGAUGAAAAAAGAUAUCCAGUUGGCUCUUCUCCACAAUCUGUAGUUGUUGGUGAUUUCAACAACGACACUCGACUAGAUAUCAUUGUCGCCAAUUUUGGUGGCAAUGAUGUGAGUGUCCUUCUUGGAAAUGGAAAUGGUUCUUUUAAAAAUCAAACAAGAUAUUCAGCUGGCUCUUCUCCACAAUCUGUAGUUGUUGGUGAUUUCAACAACGACAAUCGACUCGAUAUCGUUGCCGCCAAUUGGUAUAGCAAUGGUGUGAGUGUCCUUCUUGGAAAUGGAAAUGGUUCUUUUAAAAAUGAAACAAGGUAUUUAGCUGGCUCUCGCCCACAAUCUGUAGUUGUUGGUGAUUUCAAUAACGACACUCGACUAGAUAUCGUUGUCGCCAAUAGCGGUAGCAAUGAUGGUGAAUAUAUUGCACCGAAACGUAUUGAAAAUAUUUAUAUUCAGAGUAUAUAUAUAUCUCAAGCAUUUGUUUAUGGUAAUAGUUAUAAGAGUCAUACAGUAGCUAUUAUUGUUCCAGAUUGUGAUGUACUCUUUACCUGA